AUGCCCUUCCGUUGGCUCAAGACAUGCUUCCGUUGCUUCUGUUGCUACGAAAUGUUCGACACGCCCGAAGAACUCAAGACCCAUCACUCCAGCCACACACCCGCCGACAUCCAUAGAACCAUAGACAAUUACUAUGAAGUGAACGUUCUAGUCGACAUAACGGACCUAGCCUGUAAACUUUGCCAGGAGUCCAUAGACAAUCUCCACCAGUUGGUCCACCAUUUGAGAGACCACGGCUGUAUAUUUGACGAGACUGUAGGCAUGUGCUUAGUGCCGUUUGAUUUGCGCAAAUGCAGGUGUGCGGUAUGCGAUAUGCAGUUCCAGCAUCACAGCAGCUUAGUCACCCACAUGGGUUUGCACAGAAACUUCUCGAAGAUGUCCUGCAGUGUUUGCGAUAUGCGAUAUUUGGAUUCCAAAGACUUGUGCUCGCAUGCGAGACAAGGAGCAGAUGCACCGUCCUGCACGGACUGCAAUCGGCAGAUUAAAGAAGAGAGCCUGGUGGAACACAUGAAACUGGUGCAUAAGAAGCGGUAUAGGUGUCCGUCUUGUUCCCAAUUCUUUACGUCCCACUACAGACGUUCCUUGCACGUCGCAGACGUCCACAAGACCAGGGAUUUACAAAAGUGCGUGUAUUGUUCGCGUUCGUUUAUAUUCGAGAGUUUACUAAAAAAACACGUGAAACAAAGGCAUUUGAAGGUGAGGGAUUUCGUCUGCGAUGUGUGCGGUUAUCGGACUUAUGAGCAGCACGUGCUGAAGUUGCAUAUGCUGACGCAUGCGGCUACGAGACAGUAUAAGUGCAACUCGUGCGAUAAGAUGUUUAAGAGUAAAAAGUAUAUGCGGAAACACUGUUUGAAGAGUAAUCACUAG